UUUAUGUGAAGUGUUUAUUUCUCACCUGCCUGCACCCAGAGUGCUGUACAGGAAGUUCCAGACGGAAAUGAGAGAGGAGAUGCCACAGGAAGUCUUGUACUGCGGCCGACUGAUGCAGUACCUGCAAAUCACACACAGCAUGAAUAUUAAAAGGACAGCAUGGCGGGCAGAAAGCAGGUGAUCAUCGACACAGACUGCGGGAUCGAUGACGCUCAGGCCAUCCUGAUGGCACUGGCGGCUCCGAACAUCGACAUCUUGGCGGUCACCUGCGUGUUCGGGAACGCUGCCGUGGAUCACGUGUGUCAAAACGUCCUGAUGGUGCUCGACGUCUGCCAGCGCCAGGGGAUUCCCGUGUUUCGAGGGUCUGCAGGUCCUCUGGUUAGAGCCAGUAAGCCGGUCAGUGACCACUUUGGGACCGAUGGACUCGGGGACGUGAUCAAAGACAAAGACCCUCACUGGGAGGAGAAGAUCCAGAGCGAGAACGCAGUCAACGCCAUGAUUCGACUGGUGAAUGGAAACCAGAAACAGAUCUCCCUGGUUGCUCUCGGCCCGCUCACUAACCUGGCUCUAGCCGUCAGAUUGGACCCAAGUUUCCCCCAAAAGCUCAAAGACCUGUUCAUCAUGGGAGGCAACAUGGAGGGAAAAGGAAACAUGACACUUUGUGCAGAGUUUAACUUCGCUAUGGAUCCAGAGUCGGCCUAUAUUGUCCUGGAGGAGUUCCUCUGCACCACGUACAUCGCAUCGUGGGAAUACGCCUGCAGGAACUCACUGACAUGGGAGUUCUUCGAGGAGUUGAUAAAGCAGGACGCUCCGGCUGCUGCCUUCAUGAAGACCAUCACCUCGAAGUGUUGGGCUUACUCCAAAGAGGCGAUGAAGAACAAGAGGGACGUCUACUUCGGGUCCGGGUACGUCUCCUACGAUGCGUACGCGAUGGCGGCGUGCAUCGACCCCAGCGUGGUGCUGCAGAGCAUCGAGUGCCCGGUGAGGGUCGAGCUGCAAGGGGCGCUGUGCCGCGGCAUGAUGGCGCUGGAUCGCACCAACCAGCUGAAGAAGAGCCACAGCGUGAUGGUGCUCACCAAGUGUGACGUCAAGAAGUUCAGUCUGCUGCUCCUGCAGUCCCUCAGACAGCCAAAGAAGUAUUAACGAAGACACGAAACACCUGAAGGAAAUUGGUAUGAAGAAUAUUUGAGUUUAAGUUUAGCUGAAUAUAAACUUCCUUAAGUCUUGGACAUGUUCCCAAGAGUUAUAUAAAAAACAUUUUGAAGUAUUUCUUUUAUAAUUUAUGACCAAAAAAUACUAUUUCCCACCAAAAAUCUAAUAGUUUGAGUGGAUAUUGGAUAAAAAAAUGUGGGGAAAUCUGCAGAGAAAUCUCAAAUAUGAUGAUCAAUAUAUAUACUCAUUUGUUUUCCAGAUUUAUAUAAACAUUGUGGAGUAAUCAACUCCCGUAUUGUGAUAAAAAGGGGCACCUCCCUUCAUUUCAUUAUGAAGAAAGACAACUAUCCGCCCUGAAUUAAAGACAAAAGUGCCUUUUUUAAAACGUUGUAUUGCACUAGAAAAAUACCACCUUUGCUUCUUCAGGUGACAUUUAAUAUAAAAAAACUACUUUUUAAAAACCAAAUAGUAUUUACCUCAUUGCUAACUUGUAAUACUUUUAUAACUGCAACAUCUGGAUGUACUUUCUUUUAUUUAGUAGUCCAAAACAAACACUGCAACCCAACUAAACUAAAGGAAAUGAUUAAAAAUAGGUUCAAUUCUGACUCAAAAGUUAGCAUUUUGUUAACGUGGUUUUGUGGAUUUCAUAGUAAGCCAACAAUCUAAUUCAAUUGAUGACCAUUGUUCAUGUUUAUAUAAACAGUUGUCAUGCUUUGUUCCAAAUACAAAAA